UGCGAUGGCACCAAUUACGAAAGGGGUAGGCGGCUGGGUAAACGGGGAACGGGUAGGAAGUAAUCUAAACUUAUCCUCGUCGCUACGACUUCAUUCUGCACUGAUGAAUUCGGAGACGAUGACUCUUAUCUAUGGAGCUGAAUACGACCGAAUCGGAUCAAAUCUCGUAUGGAUUUUAAUGUGUGAUCUCUAAUUUUAACUGAACUCGAGUCAGACACGGGUUCAAAUUCGAGUUGAUCGGGAGCCUCCGUCGCACGUCGUUGGACCGGAAUAUAUGCCAUCACUUGCUAAAUGUAAAGAGUUUGGUCCAAAUCCUCGCGAGAGUCGAACCCGACCGCUUAAUUUUCUUCGACCAACCCUCCCCGUUUACUCGCCUGACUUAAAAAGACUAGACUACCCCUCCGUCCAAGGAACCUUCCGAUCUAUAGGACUUGCUUGAGGCAGAUCGGGGCCGGUAAUGGCCGAUUCGAGGACUCUAGGGUUCAUCUGAGUUCAAGGAGUCGGAGGCGAGACCUCAAUCCAUGGCGGAAUCGACCUCCGAGUCCUCGGACCCGGCGAAGGGGGAGGAGCUCCGGGAUCUGGUGCAGCGGUUCAUGGCGUCGCUCGCGGAGUUCUCCCGGCGCCUCCCCUUUGAUGUCGAUCUCCAGAAACUUUGUUCUAUCACAACUCUCGCUGCUCUUGCUAUUACACUAGCUUUUGCAUGGAAGCUUUUGAGAACACCCCCAGAGCAACAACGAAGGCAACGCAGACGACCCUCCUCAUCACCUAAUCUUUCUAUUAACAACUUACAUUCUGAUACAAGCCUGCGAUCCUCUGAAGUUUGCUCUUCGUCUGGAGAUUCAAGAGCACAAUGUGCAGUGAAUGAGUUCUUCCAGCCACUAGAGCUAGCUCUGGAACAGCUUGUGAGGCGUAAGUUGAAUGAGGGACGAAAGGUAACAUGCCGGUUACUCGGUGUAGUUCUUGAUGAAACAACUCCAGAGGAGCUCCAGAAACAAGCAACAGUAAGGUCAUCCGUGCUGGAAGUGCUUUUGCAGAUCGCAAAAUUUUGUGAUGUUUAUCUCAUGGAAAGAGUUCUUGAUGAUGAAAGUGGGGAAAGGGUUCUUUCAGCGCUAGAUGAUUCUGGGGUCUUCACAGCUGGUGGUUUGAUAAGAGAUAAGGUUCUUUUCUGUGGCACUGAGAAUGGGCGCAUAUCUUUUGUUCGGCAAUUGGAACCUGAUUGGCAUGUUGAUACAAAUGCUGAAAUUAUACACCAAUUAACUAGGUUCAUUAAGUAUCUACUUCAUGUUACUCCGGACAGACCACAAAAUACUGCUUCUAAUGUGUUCAUUUCGAGAAGUUUGGAGCAGUUCUUUGGUGAUCUAGAUCAAAGAUAAGAUGAAAGCCCCCAUCAGGCUCUGUACUUGUUUAAUGCUAUUGUGGAGCGGCAUGUUGUUCAAGAUUGUCCAUUGAAUGCAGGGCUUAAUUUUCUUCAAUGAUUUAGCCCAUGUUGGAUGUCAUAAAGGGUGUAAAUAUAGACAUGAGAAUGAUACUUUGUGGCCUCAUAUCCAUCUAUAUUUGUAAGAGUUCUCCACCCAUGACUUUCCAUGUCCUGCAAGUUACUAACGAGGAUGUUUUUUAAACAAUGUUACCAAUCCAUAUUGAUGCACUUGUUUAUGUA